GUGUCGCUCCGAUCUUCUGCCACCGCUGAACACGACACAAGGUCGGUCUCACGGAACCGAAACAUUCGAGGAAUAGAAAUUGGAAUUGAGCUGUGCGCUUUGCUCCCCCACGGACGAGGUGCGGAAUGAAGAAAGAAAGAAAACUGCCGCCACACCAUGUCAACAUGGUUCUAUGAAUGCUACCGGGGACGGCAGGCAAUUAGACUAUGAUGGGGGGGAACGCCCAUCAGGGGAAUGCUUCGUUCCCCUACCCACAUACAUCUGCUCCAUCUGCUUCGCGUAAUAAUCCCCGGGCGGCCUCGUGUCCUCAAGCCAUGGCUCAAUGGCAUAAGGCUGGUUCAGCCCGUUCCUUUCCAAAUGCGCGCGCAUCUCUGCCUCAGUUGCGUGCAGAUGGACCGAAUCGACCUUGGAUGCAUCGCCGCCCUUUGCAGCAAUCAUCCGCUCAAGUUCCUCCGGGAUACGGGAGCCCUUGAGCUGGUAGUUGCGCGGAUAGUAGAUAACCUGCUCGACAAGGGAGUAGUCGGAGGGAUCCUCCCGAUUGAAGUUUUCUUGCCAACACAAUGGGGCUACAUCACAUACAAUAACGACAUCACCCUUCUUCCCCACAAUCUGUGCGAAUUUCUUGCACUGGGGGAUGUGGGCGUAGAACGUAUCCUUCUUGUAAGGCCAUUCGAUGCCCUCGGGACGGUCGUGCAAAUACUUGACAAUGCUAGCAAGCCCAUCUUCGGCGACCCAGGUUCCUCCUCCGCCGGGUUUGAUAUCGGUGAAGAGACAGAUGACGGUGAGCAUGUUUCCGGACGAGUCCAGGAAUUGGCGAUACCAAUCGUUGUCGGUGUGCCAGCCUUUGAGCUCCUGCGGCGGGAUUGGAUGCUAUGCACACGAGAAACGAUUAGUGAAAUGUUGCCAAGACGUGGGUGAAUCACCCACGUCAGACGAGUUGUUACUGGAACCCGCGUUGAAAAUGAACUGAUCUCCUUGGUAGCGCUCUCGGACGAGGCCAACACGAUCAAUCCCUCCAACAAUAUCCACUAGUAAAACGAUCAGAAUAUGAUUUCCGCCAUCAUCAGCAAGUCAGCAUACGGAUAGCAUUCCACGCCUUGGGCAUUAUGACCUCAUUGAGCACCUCCCUAUGCCUCGGCAUGGCGACGUCCUCAUACUUCCAGGUUGUAGGGUCGUUAGGGUCACCGGGAAGUCUGAUCCAGAAGUCCUCAAGCCAUUUGUCGAUCCAUUCCGGCUCCAUGCCACCUUGAAUCUGGAGCCAGCCAUGCUCCAGGAAAUGCUGGCGCUGUUCUGGUUGGGCGGUAUCAAGGCUGAUCCAACUUACCUAUAUACAAUUGGAAAGCGGACCAGACGUCCGAAACUCGGAGUGGAGAAUAGGGUUGCCGGUGCCGCCUCCCGGCGGGAAUUCUCUCUCCACAUCCGCACGGCCCCGCCGGUGCCGGUGAUCGUGUGCUAUCUGGCGACUAUCUCACCAAACAAGGUAUCGGUUCCUGCCCGCCUUAGUGGGCGUAUGCCCGUGGCUUGGAAUCACGGAACUCAACUGAAUUGAAACCGGAACAAUUAAAUGUAACCGACCCCUCCACCGGAUUCACGCUCACGUCUUUCAGCAUGCCGACCACCCUCCACAAAGGCCGCCCACCCCUCCACAGGCGUUUCCUUUUACAGAACGAAGCACGAGACCUUCUCGGGUCGCCCCGCAUUCUAAAUCGGACCGAAGUGUGGAGAAGGGUCCGGUCUAAAACGGCAAUGUGGGGAGAGGAUUCGUCGAAUGUUCCUCUUCCUGUACCCCUUUUUGCCGGUUUCGACGGAUUAUAAGGAUUGCCUCGUGCCACAUCGUAACUUCUCUGUGCGGUCGCCCCUUCGCCUUCUCUCACCUCCGCCACAUUCUUCAUUACCACGUCCCUCCAACAUGGUUCACCACACAUCUGGUGCACACGGUCUUACCUACGAUGGUCUCCUCUUGUCCGACGUAUUGCCCAAACGCAAGGGAUGGUGGAACUAUUGGUACUUGUGGCGGCUCAACCUCGCACUGUUGAGCUCUGUCGUGUCCCAAGCCACCGGCGGUUACGACGGCUCACUCUUGAACGGUCUGCAAUCCCUCCCCCUCUGGACCGACUACUUUGGCCAUCCGGCUGGAGCCCGACUUGGUGCUUUGAACGUCGGUAUCUCUAUCGGUCAAAGCGCUGCAACCCUCUUUGCCGGCUACGCAUGCGACAAGUUUGGUCGCCGCAUUCCCCUCGGUAUUGGUUGCAUUAUCGUCGUCAUUGGUUCCAUCGUCGGUGCCGCAAGUACCAACUUUGGCAUGUUCUUGGGUGCACGUAUCCUCGUCGGCUUUGGAGAUGGCCUUUGCCAGGUUGCCAGUCCCACUAUGCUCGCCGAACUCGCCCAUCCCAGUCAGCGUGCGCAGAUUCAGACGAUGUAUGCGCCCUCUUACCCGCUUGGUGGCAUUAUCGCUGCUUGGACGACAUACGCGACCUACACCUACACCACGACGUGGAGUUGGCGUCUUCCGCUCGCCCUUCAAGGAGUUUUCGCCCUUCUCCAAUUCUUCGCUCUGUUGAGCUGCCCCGAAUCGCCCCGUUGGUUGAUUGCCACCGGUCAGCGUGAGAAGGCCAUCGAGGUGCUUGUCAAGUUCCACGCGAAUGGAGAUACGGAGUCGCCUUUGGUCAGGUUUGAGCUGGCCGAAAUUGACGCUCAAAUCGAGAGCGAUAGCAUGUCCAAGGCAUAUUCGUGGUCGGAGUUCUUCAAGACAAAGGGCACCCGUCGCCGCUUCUACAUGAUGUUGUUCUUCCCCUUGGCUCGCCAAUUCACCGGUUCCAACCUCAUUUCCUACUUCCUGCCUCUCGUCUUGAACAGCGCAGGCAUUACGAACAGCAAGACCCAACUUCUUAUCAACGGCGGAGUCAACAUCUGCGCGUGGGUUUUCGCCAUGUCGACUUUCCUUUACGUCGAUAAGUUCGGUCGCCGCCCCGUUCUCAUCAUCCCGAUGGCCCUCUGCACUGUUGCCCUGGUCAUUUGGACCAUUUUGUCGGCACUUAUCAUCGAGUCCAACUACACCAAGCCUGGUCUCGGGUACGGUGUGGUUGUGAUGGUCUUCUGGUUCCAAGGCUGGAUUCACAUCUUCGAUGCUGCCGCCGAGCCGUACAUUCAGGAGAUGUCCACUUUCGCUCUCCGCUCCAAGAUUGUCGUCAUGUGGCAGUUCGGUCAGCAAGUUGUUGGCUACAUCAGCUCGUUCGCGAAUCCCGUGGCCAUGGUCAGCUUGGGGUGGAAGUACAUCCUGCUCUACGUUUGCCUUGAUGUGGUCUACAUCAUUGUCAUGUACCUGUUCUUCCCCGAGACGAAGGGGCUGUCUCUGGAGGAGUGCGCACUGCUCUUCGAUGGUAUCGACAAGCAGCACGAGGUGGAGGUCGCGUUUGCCGAGCUUGGCAAAGCGCACGGAGGUCACACCACCGAGGCAGACCUUAUCGCAGGUGCCAGGGGUCUCGAGCUUGCCGGGGGAAAGGGCAGCUCAGAGCAUGUCGAGUUCACCAAGGGGUUGGAGGCGAACGUGUAAAACGAAAGGGUCCCCCGGAUUUUCUUCGCAGUUUUUUGGACAGAGACCCUUCAUUCACCUCUCUGCGUACAGCACUGUACUACCGUACUGCACUGCUCUAAAUGCUAGUUAUGACACUUUU